AUGCUGGCUGAUGGAUUUCGCUUCGCGUUUUCCGGUGACGUGGAGGAAUCAAUUCAGACCACGUCGGCAACACACACCCUUCCUUCUCAAGGGGUGUCAAAAUCCGAGAAACGGAUACCUCUGUUAGAGGCGCCAGUGCACAACCUUACCCGACGGUUGCUCGACGAGUGGUGUGAACCCUGCCGUCAGGACGCGCAGGAGCUGGUGGAGUUGCACUGCAGUGAGUCAACCACUGCCCCACAACUUACACACCAGCGCCCACCACGUGCAACGGAGUUGACGUCAUUCGACGGGAAAGAACAUCGGGAUAUCAUCCCCGGCAAAUACUACGGAGGGCUGAAAAUUUGGUCCUGUGCACCCUAUCUUGUGGAGUAUAUGUUCAACAACAGAAGCACAUUCAAAGAUUUCCUUCUUGGUGCCGCAGAACCGCUGGAUUCCGAACGUGUGCCGAACGCUGGCGGCGGCUGUCGCCAUACAAUAGUUGUAGAGCUUGGUUGUGGUCAAGGUCUGCCGGGCAUCGCAGCCCUUUUACUUGGUGCACACCACGUGAUUUUUCAGGAUUACAAUGAGGAGGUGCUGCAGCUCUGCGUGAAGCCUAAUGUGGGAAUGAAUUUGCUGCGCCAUAUCGACACAGCAGGCGUAUGUCGCGCUUGCGAAUCUUGCUCUCCUGUCGUCCAGUUGGUGGCAGGUGACUGGGACGAUAUGUGUUGGCGGGACCAUACUACCGGUGAAGGCGUGGUUGUUACCGACGAUCGCCGGAUACUUGUCCUUGGAAGUGAUGUGACCUUUGAUGAGGAGGCGUGCUACAAACUCGCGCGGCUUCUGCGACGCAUGUUGUCCACAUCGGGUGGGGCUGCGUACAUUGCGAGCAAACAGUAUUACUUCGGAACUAACGGCGGCGUUGUCGAAUUCAAGCGGUGUUGCGCCGAGGUUGAGCUGCAAGUGUUGGAAGUGGACUCAGCGGGAACAGGAGGGGGAUUGCAGCGUGUCAUUUUACGAGUCGAAUGCAAAAGGUAA